GAACUGGGCCCGCCCGUCAUCGUCUCCACCGAACCCGACAUUCCACCCAAUUCCUUCUCUCCCUCGCGUCGCCGAUGGUUUGAUCGGAUCCACCACCCGGCCCAGAUCUAGCGCUGCCGCCGCCGCCAUGGCCGACCAAUCCGACUCCGACUCCUCCCCCAAGUCCUCGGCGUCCUCGUCCUCCUCCCCCUCUGCCCGCCGCCGGUCGUCGCCGCCGCGCGCCCGGGCCCACUCCGACGAGAGCGGCAGCAGCGACGGCGUCCUCGUCGAGCUCCCCGCCCAGGAAGCGCGGAGCCCCGGGGCAGACCCCGAUGGCGGCGUCCUCGUCAACAUGCCCGCCGACGAUGCCACCAGCGGCGAGACCUUCGAGGACGCCCCCGACGACCUCGCCGCCGCAGGCUCCCGCUCGGCGCGCUCCCUCGACGAGUCCAUGGCCGUCGUUGACUUCCCCGAGGUGUCCAGCGUCGCCUCCGAGUGCCGCAAGUACCAGGAAGAGAGAGAAGUGUUUGCGCGGGAGGCAGUGGCACUCCGGAGGAUGCUGCGGGAGAUGGUGGGGCAGGAAGCUUCAGUAUCGUUGCAGGGAGAGGAUCCUGAUGAUACACCAUUGCCUUCGAUGCUGGAUGACUGCUCGAGGAUUGUGCUUCAAUUGGAUUCAGUGUCACGCGCCAGGGAGCUGGAGAUCGAGAGUCUACAUGCGAGGGCUGUGGAGGCAGAGGUGUCAACGGGGAUUGUGGAUGUCUACCUGAGUUCGUGGAGGGAAGGGUCUGAUCAAGCGUUUGGGCGGAUGUUUGCAUCGAUUGAUGCUGUGGUUGGGCAAGACGAUGGCAGAUUUGAGGGUGCAGAUCAGGACGGGGUUUCUCUUGUGGAAAGGAAGACUUUGUUGCUAGUUGAGAGGUACAGGCAGGUUUUGAUGGGUGUUGAACAGCUUGAGCAAGUUUUGGCCGAGGUGAAGCCUGGCUUUGUGGCCACAGGGCAAGAUGAUCAUGCUACCAUCUUAAGUGUUGUCUCAGAGGAAUUGAUCAGUAGCAAGAGAAAUGAGGCGUAUUUCUUGCAGAAGGUCAACACCAUCGCCGAAGAGAACAAGGCUCUUGCUGAUGAACUUGAGGAAGUGAAAGCUGCUCGGGAUGCAGCAAAUGCUGAGGCAAGCAAAGCAAAGGCAGAUUUUGAACAGAUGGAGCAUAAAUUAUCGACGACCAAGGAGAAGCUUAGCAUGGCUGUUACGAAGGGCAAGUCACUGGUGCAGCACCGUGAUUCCUUGAAGCAGGCCUUGGCUGAAAAGACGGGUGAGCUUGAUAGUUGCAUGGCAGAGUUGCAAAAGAAGUCGGAUGGCCUGCAAGCAGCAGAGAGCAAGGUUGAGGAGCUAAAGAUAUUGCUAGAUGAGAAGUCGAAUGAGCAUGAGAAGUGCUUGGAUGAACUUCGAGAAACAUAUAGUUUGUGGGAAGCUGCUAAUGCUAGCAGUGAACAACUGAAUGAAGCAAAUGCUGCCCUUACUUCUCUUCAGGCCUCCCUUUCACUAAAGGAUGGGGUUCUUCAACGCAUUGAGGAGGUCAUGUUGGGGGCAACAUUUCCUGAGGAUCUGCUUUCCUUGGAGAUGACAGACAGGUUGGGAUGGUUGGUUGAGCAAAAGAAAAUUGCUGAUAUGAUCUUCUCAGAGCACCACAAAGUAAAAGAUAUCUUAAGCUCAGUGGACAUUCCGCACUCGGUCUUAGCUGAUGAACUUGAUUCCCAAAUAAGUUGGCUUGUCAGUUCGUUCAAACAGGCCAAAGAUUAUGCCUUCCGGUUACAUAAUGAGUCUUCUGAUAUGUUGGCCAGACUGGCUGCGCAUGAGUCAAAGUUGGUUUCAAUGCACGAGGAAAUUGACCGUUUGACCAUUGUUCUACUGGAAGAGAAACAGGAAAAGGACAUGCUUGUAAAUGAACAUUCUGAACUGAUGUCCCUAUACAAUGCUGCUGCUAAUAAAUUGUCUGUUAUCUCUGCACAGAAUAAUGAGCUGCUAAAGGCAUUUGCAGAGUAUUCUGAUGUCACAUUGGAGGGCAAUGAGCCUGUGGAUACUGUCAAAUUAGUACAGCAGAGCCUCAGCAAAAUCCAACAAAGAACAAAAUUCUCUCCUAUUGAGGGUGAAAGUUUUGAGAAGUUACAAACACUACUAUAUAUCUUAGAUCUGGAAUCAACACUAUGUAAGAUAAUUAUUGAGGAAGACAUGACUGAUAGAUCUGAGAGGGCUGGUGAACUGCAACGAAUGACAGAGGAGAUUUAUGUUCUGAAAAAUGAAAAGGACAAACUACAGAAGGAGCUCGGACGGGUGGAGGAGAAAUCAUCUUUGCUUAGGGAGAAGCUGUCAAUGGCUGUAAAGAAGGGCAAGGGUCUAGUACAUGAGCGUGAAGGACUCAAGCAAGUCCUCGAUGAGAAGAGCUCUGAAAUAGAGAAUUUGAAACAAGUUUUGGAUGGGAAGAACUCUGAGAUAGAGAAGGUAAAAUAUGCUCUGAAUGAAAAUAAAUCUGAAAUGGAGAAUAUGAAAGAAAUUUUGGACGAGAAGAACUCUGAGAUAGAGAAGCUAAAACAUGCUCUGGAUAAAAAUAACUCCGUAACGGAAAAUCUGAAGCAAGUCUUGGGUGGGAAGAACUCUGAGAUUGAAAAGCUUAAACAUGCUCUGGAUGAGAAUAGCUCAGAAACGGAAAAUCUGAAGCAAGCUUGGGUUGAGAAAAACUCGGAAGCAGAUAAAAUAAAACAAGAGCUGGAUGUAAAGAAUGUGGAAAUUGAGAAUCUAAGACAUGAGAUAGAGUCAAGAGAAUCUUCCAUUAUGGAUCUCAGAGAGCAAGUUGAGCAUGUAUCUUCGCAGGCUGCACACUUUGAAAAGCUUCAAUUGGAUUUUAUUACCCUUAACGAUGAAAAGGGGAAAUUAGAAAGCAUGUUGGAAGAUGCCAAGGUUUCCUGGGGCACUCUGGCUGAUUCAAUAUCAAGUGUUGGUCUUCCUGUUGAUCAGCCCUUUGAGGACCCUAUGGAAAAAAUUGGCCUGAUUGCCCAAUACAUCAAGGAAUCUCAAGUUGCUAAGAGUUCAUUGGAUAAUGAGCUACAUAAUGCAAAUGAGCAAAUUACCUUACAAGCUAGCAGGCUUUCCAACGCCCUUUCCACCAUAAACAUGUUAGAAGAUGAAUUGAGUAAACUGAAAGAUUAUAUUUCUUCCAGUUCGGAAGAAAAACGUCAAAUACAGUUGCAUACUGCUGCUGUAGAGGAGGAGUUGGAGAAGACAAAUGAGGAACUUGCUAUAAAUGCCAACAAACUUGAAGAUGCCAACACCACCAUUAACUCACUACAAGAUGCACUAUCACAGGCUAGAUCAAAUCUUUCUAUUCUUGAGGCUGAAAAGAAUGAAGCUGAAGUGAAACAUGAAACAGAACUCGGUGCUCUUAAUGCUAAGCUAACCAAAUGUUUGGAAGAGUUGGAUAAAACUCAUGGAAACUUACAAAUUCAUUCAUCCGAACAUCAUGGUUACCUGGAGAAGCUUAGCAUGCUUGUAAUGGAUGAUAGUCUCUUAUCUCUGAUGGCUGAAGAAUUUGGAAAGACGAUGAGCAACUUGAGAGAUAUGGGCCUUAUAGCGAAGAGUAUGCACGAACAGCUUGUUGCAAAGGGGUUUCAGACUGAUCCAGUUAUGGAGUGUAAGCAGGAUUCAGAAUUCACAACACUUCUCUCUCUUCCGGACUUUGAUAGCUUUGUUACAGAAAGAUUGAUCAGCAGCAAAACUAGAAAAGGGAAUAUUGAUGACAUUUCAUCCUUCACUACUAUUGUUGAACAGUUGAGCAACCAAGCCGAAUACUUCUCUGUUUUUUUUAAAGAUUUGUCAGGCUACAUGAAUGAUAAUAUUAUGUUGGUGCUUUGUUCUCUGCAACUGACAAGCAACAACUUUGCUCAUACUCUACAAGAACAUGACACCUUGAAGAUUGAAUUGGAAAACAAGGAUGCUUGUAACAGAGAUCAAGAAACUGAAUUGCUUUCUCUGCAAAAGGAGCUGACAUCAAUAUCAUCAAAAUGUAUUUAUUGCAUCCAACAGACUAAAAUUAUUUUUGAUGAUGUGCUUGAUCUAGGAUAUGCAAUAGAGGCGGCUACAGGCAGUUCCAGCAUAGGAUCUGAAGUAGAAGGAACAGUGUCUUUUCUGAAAGAUGAAGAUGCUGGUGAUUACACUAAGGUGGUGGAUACUUUACUCUCUACCAUAAACAGACUGAAGUCCGAGUCCGAAAAAUUAUCUACUAUUAAGGGAUCCGUGAUAACUUCGUUGGAUGAGUUGAAUAUGAGGCUGAGACAAGCUGAAUCAGCUGCUGAAACUGCUUUACAUGACCAUCAGUUUUAUGUUGAAAGGGUAUGUGUGCUGGAGAAAGAUAUCAAAACAUUACAGGAUGAGUGCAAUGGAAUGGAACUAAAAAUUCAGGAAUACCAGGAAAGGGAGGGUACCUUGAAGGCAAAGGAGUUAGAGUUGCUGUCACUUGAGCACGCUCAAAUAACAGCAGACAGAGGUAUAACCGACACAAUUUCAAAAGAUCAAUUGGAUGCCCUUGUCGAGAAGAUAAAUAAGUUUAAUAUGCCAUCACGCGAGGCACAUUUGCAGAGAGAAGUGGCAACAUUUUCUAGUCCGAUUGACAAACUAUUUGUUGUCAUUGAUGAAUUCGGUGCACUUCAAAGCGAGGUUGAGGCCAUAAGAUAUGAAAAUGAAGAUUUACAGUUAAAUGUUGAAUCCUAUGCUCGUGAAAUAGAACAGCUAAGGGAGGCCUCGAGAAAUAAUGAUUUAAAUAAUAGGGAGUUGGGGUCGAAAAGCAAUGAACUACUUGAGGUAACAGUUAGUAUGGAGCGGAUGAUUCAGCGCUUAGGGUAUCUUGGAGGAAAAGAUGUCCUAGAAGAUAACAAACUUACUACCACACAAGCACUCUUAUCAAAGCUGGAAAAACUAAUCAUUGCCUCAAGUACCGAAGCUGGGAAUGCUAAGUCCAUAAUACAGGAGCUUGGAGCAAAGUUGCAGUCCAGGGAAAAGGCAGUUGAUGAGUUAUCAACAAAAGUUAAGAUGCUUGAGGACUUGUAUCAUGCUCGUCUUGUGCAGCCAGAGGCUAGUAAAGAGAGAGCAUUUGAAGCAUCUUCCUCAGCAAUUGUUUCAGAUCUGUCUGAGAUUGAAGAUUUGGGAUCGAUGGGCAAGACAUCAAUUUCAUCUGUUUCUACUGCUGCACAUGCUAGAACAAUGCGAAAGGGGUCAACAGAUCAUCUUGUUGUCAAUAUUGGCACAGAGUCCGAACGUCUAAUUUCUGCACAGGAUUCAGAUGACAAAGGGCGUAUAAAAUCGCUGCAUACAUCUGGCAUGAUUCCAGCACAGGGAAAGCACAUUGCUGAUAGGGUUGACGCCAUCUGGGUCUCAGGGAGCCAAAUUCUGAUGAACCGGCCGCGAGCAAGGCUAGGGCUCAUGGUGUACUGGCUCUUCUUGCACCUAUGGUUGCUAGGCAGCAUCUUGUGACACUGCUUCUCAAUAGCCAACCCCCUCAUAGCAUAAUUGUACAAUAGCACGCAUUAACAAUUUCUUCUUUUUUUCUUACCAUACAUGGUACAAAGGUCAUCCUUCUCAUUUGCUCUUACCUGCUCAGAUUUGUACUCGAGCAGUAUAUGUUGAAUUUCGAACAGAGAAUGUAAUGUGCAGAAAAUAACAUUACCAUUCUUUACUAGGCUGAAGAAGUGAUAGUCAUGGAUGUGA